AUGAUCUCACUGGAGACGGCCAACACCCCGAUAACACCACCAGCUCAGACAACUGGCGUAGUUUUUGAGACACCAUCAUCCGGGGGCCCGGGUCCUUCUCUCACAGCGGCUACACCUUUUGUCACAACCCAGAACCACAUACCAAUACCCACUCCGAACAGCACAACCCCGCUGUUGUUCCCCAACAUCGGCGGACCCAACCCAUUCACUCCGCCUCAUCUACCAUUGUUUUUUCCUAACAUCGGCGAACCAAGUAACGCCGGUUACAGUCUAAUACCGCCACCCAUUCACGCCACAAACGAUCCUCAACAAACGACACUCGUAACACCACCAUUAACGGUGCAAGCCACUAAAGGACUACCCCCGUUCAUGCUCACGUCCGCAACCCCGGUGAAUAACGCCGCUAGUGGCCCAGGUGUUGCUUUCCAAGCACAAAGCUACCCAACAUUAGUGACAUGA